AUGGAGAAGGAUCGAUCCCCCACCGCUAGACGCCCGACGCUGCCCCGUCCUCACCUCCUCCCGACUGGCGCCCAGUGCUUAGGGCCCCCCACCCCGUCGCCGCUCGACGCCGCCGCCACCGGAUCGCCCUCGCUACCGUUCGUCAGGGUCGCCCGCUACCUCGCCGGUGUCGCCUCCCCGCCGAACUGCGUUGUCCCCGUCUUCCUCCUCGACCCCCACUGCCCCGGACCCUACACCCCCCGUGAGAUUCCUCUCCUCCGGUCCCCAUGCUCGCCGUGCCCCGCCCGUGGCCUGCACCCGCUAGCUCUCGCCGCGUCCCGCCGUGCUCCCCGGCUGUCGCCCGAGCUCCGCGCCGCCGUGUCGCCCGCUCGCCUCCCCCCGCGCGCCCGUGCGCGCCACGCAGCCACCGCUCGCUGUAGCCAUCCGUCGCCGUCGCGGCGACCGCCCCGCUUUGCUCCUGCUGCCCCGCAUCCCCGCGCUCGCACAGCCUCGCGGCCACGCCCCCUGCUGCUGCUCUACCGCCGUUGCUGCGCUGCCCUCUCUGUCGCGGCGCUGGCCGCCUCCCCGCAUCCCGCUCCGGCCGGCGCCCCAUGUCCCUGCGCCUCACCUCCGCCCUCUCCUCCUCCCGCGGCCGCGCCACCGCGCCCGCCCGUGCCGGUUUGCCCAACCAUCGGUGUCCUGGCGGCCUCGUCCCGCCCUGCGGGCGAGUGCCCGCUCGGGUGCGCCCGCACCCGACGCCCGUGCACCCGUUUGCCCCCUAUGGGCCACUGA